AUGCCGCCUAAUCGCGGCCUCCAGCCCUUGCUCCGGGCAUCAUGCCAGACCUCAAGAUGGCGUCCAACCGCUCGUGCCUUGAGCAUAUUGGCUCUCCGACCCAAACAGUCUGCACCAUUACCACAGAUAACACACGUUCGCUCCUCACAACUGUCUGAACUGGCCCCGAAUACUGUGCAGCGACGCUUUGCUUCUACCUCGGACAGCAUCAAUCGAACGCCUUUAUACGAUAUGCACGUGGCUGCCAAUGCCAAAAUGGUCCCUUUCGCCAACUUCUCCAUGCCACUCACCUAUCCAGACCAGUCCCAGUCAGAGUCUCACAAGUGGACUCGCGAGAACGCCUCCAUUUUUGAUGUCUCUCACAUGGUGCAGCACAAGCUCUCAGGAGCCCUGGCCUGCCGCUUCCUUGAGACCAUUACCCCUUCCGCCAUAAAAGACAUUGCCAAGCACACCUCCACUCUAUCCGUCCUCCUCGACUCCAGCGGUGGCAUUGUGGAUGACACAGUCAUCACACGCCUUGGGCGCGACUCCUUCUACUUUGUUACCAAUGCCGGCUGCCGCGAGGACGACCUCAAAUUCAUCCAGUCCCAGAUGGAUGCCUUUUUGAAAGCAGAAAACGCCUCGUCUGAUCAGAUCACCUGGCACAUCCUCGAUCACCACUCCCUUCUCGCGUUGCAGGGCCCCAGAGCCGCCGAAGUCCUACAGCCUCUCAUCUUCCGCGAUUCGGAUGAUGACCAAACUGAUUACGACCUCUCGACACUGUAUUUCGGCCAGUCGAGGUGGCUGCAGCUGAGCAUCCCAAGCGAUUGCACCAAAGAAGGGACAGACCUGAACACGCCCAGCUUGUUGAUCAGUCGUACUGGAUAUACCGGUGAAGAUGGCUUCGAGAUUUCGAUCCCACCGGAGAAAAUAACGACAUCCGCACCACUCGCGCAAUCCAUCGCCAAAGCCCUACUCUCGAACCCAGCCGCGCGCUGGGCCGGCCUCGCCGCUCGCGACUCCCUGCGCCUGGAAGCAGGCAUGUGCCUGUACGGGCACGACAUCGACACCUCCGUCACACCCGGGAUGGCCGCGUUAGGUUGGGUUGUAGCAAAGUCGCGCCGGGACAGUCCUGACCCCCCCUUCAACGGCGCCUCCCAGAUCCUCCCCCAACUCGCCAAGCCCUCCACGAUGCCCAAGCGCCGCGUCGGCCUCGUCCUCCUCGACAAAGGCGGCGCCGCCCGCGAAGGCGCCGAGAUCGUGACGCCUGAUGGUGACACCAUCGGCACCGUCACCUCCGGCCUGCCCAGCCCGAGUCUGGGCGGGCAGAAUAUCGCCAUGGGGUACGUGAAGAAUGGGUUCCACAAGAAGGGGACGCAGGUGGGGGUCAAGAUUAGGGGCAAGGUGAGGGCCGCGGAGGUGAGGGCCAUGCCGUUUGUAGAGAGUCGGUUUCAUCGGAAGGGUUGA